AUGAAAAUCCAUAUUUCUAUUGGAUUUGAGACAGUUAUGGCGGAAUGCCAAUUUCUUCGACCAGACGCUGACGAGUUCGAGCAGCUAACCACACUAGAGGCUCCCUGCGUUUGUUGGCUGACUUUCGAACGUCCUGUACAUACUCGCCCAAGCUCCUUCUAUAUCGCGUCAAAAUUAGAUCAUCAAGGUCGGGGUUGUCGUUUUCUAUUCCAUGGUCAGCUUGGAGAACAGCUGAAAGACAGAAAAUUACGGCGAUUCAUUCGAAAAGAACGAGUUGGUAAAGCAGAAAGAGUGGAGAAUCCACGAAGCAUUGUGUGUAAUUCGCUUUUCAAAAAGGAGACGAAAAUGAGUAUAUUUGAAAGAAUGCCAUUAGUCUUAAGCACAGGAGAAGUUGGAAAGGUUUCUUCAGCUUUUGGCAAGGGAGGAAAGGUACGAAUAGAGUUUGGCACUCCUUUGGCUGACUCUACCAUUGAAAAAAUCGCCAAUGGCAUAGAUGUUGAAGUGCAUCUACACAUGAAAAAAUAUGUCGGAGAGAAGGAAGUCAAAGGAUAUCUACCUGUCUGA